AUGCAUGAUGGAUGUUGUUUCGAUGGAGUUAUCUUCCACCAUUUUCGUCUGCACAAAUUAUUGGCCGCCAUUGGCCUCCUGAACAUCAGUGACGACGAUGACGACAACGAUUAUGAUGAUGACGAUGAUGAUGACAAUGAUGAAGACAACGAUUAUGAUGAUGACGAUGAUGAUGACAAUGAUGAAGACAAUGAUGACGACGAUGAUGAGGACAAUGAGGAUGACUACUUCGACUUAGUCAUCGACGAUGACUACCACGCCUACUUCGACAGACGUUCGGGGCUAGCAUCUGCAGCGGCAGUGGAGGGCCUUAAGAUGGUCACUACCGAGGAACCGAACUCUUGUUCCAUAUGUCUGGAGGGCAUGGGGCUGGCGGCUCCAGUGUUGGCGAUGCCUUGCAGUCAUCUCUUCCAUCCGGAGUGUUUAAAGAAAUGGUUGGAACGGAGCUGUUCAUGCCCUCUCUGCCGCUUCUCACUUCCUCAAGAACACUAG